CCUUCGCGGCUGUCCAUUCCGCUCCAUCACCAUGUGAAUCCCUGCAACCCCCACUCUCUCUCUCUCUCUCUCUCUCUUGCCAGAACAGUUCUAUGUAUUUUUCUAUUCACCAGAACUGAACCAACCCCAUAAACCGAAAAGAUGUACUAACAAAUUUGGUCCAAACCCAAUUUUUAUUAUAUUUUUUCGUUUAUUGUUGGUUGCAAAAACGAAGUGCCAACAAACUCAUCAUAUCUUCUUCAAUCUCUAUUCCUUAGUCUCCACUUCAUCGCCAGACCAAGAACCGAAAGCUUUAUCCCAACCACUUAAACUUAAUCUAUGGUUUUUUAAUUUAAAUGGGAUGGUGGAGAAGAAGGUGCCCUCAAAGGAGAAGAGGGGGUUCUAUCUGAAAAUGAGACUAUUGCACGCCAAAAAUGGCAGAGUCCAAGAAAAGAGCUGUUUUUUCAAAUACUACAAAUGGUUUCUCUGGCUUUCUCUGUCUCUGUACCUCUUCAGCUCCUAUUUCAUCACCAACAAACCUACCUCUCUAACCAAAACCCGUGUCUCAAACGCCAAAACCAUCCUCGCCUCUCGUGCUCUUUUCGAGUCCACAAACGCUUCUCAUCUCCAAGAAUCCACAGACGAUCAAGGGUUAUUGAAGGACUUGAAGAUUUUCGUGUACGAGUUACCACCAAAUUACAACACGGAUUGGCUCACAAACGAAAGGUGUACCAAGCACUUGUUUGCCUCGGAGGUUGCCAUACACAGAGCUUUGUUAAACAGCGAUGUGAGGACCUUUGAUCCUUACGAAGCCCAUUUUUUCUUCGUACCCGUCUACGUGUCCUGCAAUUUCAGCACCAUCAAUGGCUUCCCAGCCAUUGGUCACGCCAGGACUCUAAUCUCCUCAGCUAUCCAACUCAUCUCAUCAGAGUACCCAUUUUGGAAUCGGACCCAAGGCUUUGACCACGUCUUCGUCGCUUCCCAUGACUACGGAGCUUGUUUCCAUGCCAUGGAAAACGUGGCAGUUGCUGAUGGGAUACCUGGGUUCCUAAAAAACUCGAUCAUAUUGCAAACGUUUGGUGUCAAAUACAAGCACCCAUGUCAGGAAGUUGAGAAUGUGUUAAUCCCACCUUAUAUUCCGCCGGAAAGUGUACGGACAACCUUAGAGAAUUUUCCGGUGACUGGUCGGAGAAAUAUUUUCGUGUUCUUCAGGGGCAAAAUGGAAGUCCACCCAAAAAAUAUCAGCGGUCGAUUUUACAGCAAGCGUGUGAGGACGGUGAUUUGGAGGAAAUUCAAUAGUGACAGGAGGUUUUAUCUAAGGAGGCAUAGAUUUGCCGGUUACCAGUCAGAAAUCGUACGGUCUGUGUUUUGUUUAUGUCCGUUGGGGUGGGCCCCGUGGAGUCCGAGGCUGGUUGAGUCCGUUGUGUUGGGUUGCGUGCCGGUAAUAAUAGCUGAUGGCAUCCGUUUGCCCUUCCCCUCCGCCGUGAACUGGGCGGAGAUAUCACUCACGGUGGCGGAGAGGGACGUGGGAAAUUUGGGAACGAUUCUCGAACACGUGGCGGCAACCAACCUUAGCACCAUACAAAAGAACUUGUGGGACCAACGGAACAGGCGGGCCCUACUGUUCAACAAUCAGGUCCAAGAAGGUGACGCCACGUGGCAGGUGUUGCUAGCUUUGGCUGGGAAGAUGGACAGGUCGCAUGAGAGUAGUAGUCGAGCUUCGAGGGUUUCCAGCUAGUGGGAUCGCGACACGUGGCGUGGCUGGCUUUUUUUUAAUUGGGUGGGUGGAGAUUCGAAGUUGCCAGCUAAUUGAAUUGGCUUUUUGUAUCGUGGAUGCGCUUACAUGCAAAAAUAAUAAUGGAGCACAGCUGGACUUAUAUAAUUAUUUCCCUGAGGAGGUGGGGGAAUUUUUUUUUUUUUUACGUGGAUUGGGACCCAUCUGGUGCAGAGAUUUAAAGAUUUGGGGAAAAAAUUUAUGGCAUUGUGGAGUUUUGAUGAAGAGGUGGCGAGCUAGGAUUGGAUGGCUAUGUGGUGUCCGAGAAAAAUACAAAAUUUUACACUGUAAAUGUGGAAGAGAGAGAAUUUUGAUUUUUUUUUUAAUUUUUUUAUAUUGGGUAUAUAAUAUUACUAUAUAGAUGGGUUCUUCAUGCAAGAUCCCGCUAAUUUGUUUUUGAAUUUUUUCUAUUGGGUAUAAAAUAAUAAGGUAUGUAAUAUUACUAUAUAGAUGGGUGCUUCAUGCAAGUUCCCACUAAUUAUUUUGUUGUAUAUAUAAUUCUGAAUUUUUAUUUACUUUGAUCAUGUAAUAGAGAAAUUGUAUUUGGUCAAGUACUUAAUAAGGUGUGAGCAUAUCACAAAAGAAAGAAUAAAAUUUUAUAAUAAUUGCAUUGA